UUUGACUCCUAAGAAACACAAACUAAGCGGAGAGAAGAGUCCUUUCUGUUGCAGCUGGGCGGGCUCUGUAACGCACCAAUCACGGGGCAGCUCGUCUCUAUAAAUACCAGGCAUCUGACUUGCGCUAGCCAUUGUUUUUUUUCUGAUUCGUGGAGGACGUUCGCCGCUAUGUCGGAGACCGCGCCUGUUGCCGCUCCUGCUGUGUCUGCUCCUGGGGCGAAAGCCACCGCCAAGAAGGCGAAGAAGGCUGCGGGCGGUUCCAAGGCCCGCAAGCCCGCGGGGCCCAGCGUGACCGAGCUGAUCACUCAGGCCGUGUCCGCCUCCAAGGAGCGAAAGGGGUUGUCCCUGGCUGCGCUCAAGAAGGCGCUGGCAGCCGGCGGCUACGAUGUGGAGAAGAACAACAGUCGCAUCAAGCUGGGGCUCCGGAGCCUGGUGAACAAGGGCAUCCUGGUGCAGACCAAGGGCACUGGCGCCUCGGGCUCCUUCAAGCUGAAUAAGAAGCCAGGUGAAACCAAGGAGAAAGCAACCAAGAAAAAGACAACGACAGCCAAGCCUAAGAAGGCGGCGGCCAAGAAGCCCGCCAGCGCAGCCAAAAAACCCAAGAAGGCGGCGGCCGUGAAGAAGAGCCCCAAGAAAGCCAAGAAGCCGGCGGCCGCCGCGGCCAAGAAGAGCGCGGCCAAGAGCCCCAAGAAGGCCAAGGCUGCCAAGCCCAAGCGGGCCGCCAAGAGCCCGGCCAAGGCCAAGGCGGUGAAGCCCAAGGCUGCCAAGCCCAAGGCAGCCAAGCCCAAGGCAGCCAAGGCCAAGAAGGCGGCGCCCAAGAAGAAGUAAAGCGGCUUCUGAAAUUAUUCAUGCAAACCCAACGGCUCUUUUAAGAGCCACCCACCUCUUCCUAAAAGGAGCUGAAAUACUCUUGCUUACAGCACCAGUAGCGUGUACCGCCAGCCCCGUAGUGCCCGGGGCGAGGUG